AAAACCUCCCAAGUCUUCGUUUCUUCAAAAACCCCCAAAAGAAAACGCACAUUUUUUCUUUCUUUCUUUCUUACUCGGACCAAAACCAGAACAAGCAGAAAACGAAGCAAAAAAAACCCAAAAAGAAAGAAAGAAAGAAGAUGCAUUCGUUUGGGUACAGAGCCAAUGCUUUGCUAACUUUCGCUGUCACAAUUUUGGCCCUCAUGUGUGCCAUGGCCUCUAUCUCUGAUAAUCUCAACCACCCCACUCCCACUUCCCAAGUCCAGGUGCUGAACAUCAAUUGGUUUCAGAAGCAACCAAAUGGCAACGACGAGGUCAGCAUGACUAUGAAUAUAUCAGCAGACUUACAGUCAUUGUUUACGUGGAACACAAAGCAGGUUUUUGUUUUUCUAGCCGCUGAGUAUGGAACCCCAAAGAACUCACUGAAUCAGAUCUCUCUGUGGGAUGGGAUCAUACCAACCAAAGAGCAUGCAAAGUUUUGGAUUCAUACUUCAAACAAGUACCGUUUCAUUGAUCAGGGAAGCAAUCUCCGGGGUAAAGAAUUCAACUUGACGUUGCACUGGCAUGUGAUGCCCAAGACUGGCAAAAUGUUUGCUGACAAGAUUGUCAUGUCUGGAUAUCGCUUGCCUCAGGAAUAUAGAUGAGGUUGUGUUUGUAUUGUGUACCUUUUUGUUCUGUAGCUUUAGUCUCUCUUAACAAGGAAUGAUCAUUGCUAAAUUUAUAGACUUAGAAACACAGCAGGCUUUCAGUUCUUAUAAGAAAAAAGAAAUAUAUUGAGAUUUGCUCGGAUUUUGGAUUCUCUAUAACUUGGUUUGCUAAUUCUUGCA